CCUCAAGUUGAGUUCACUUAAGCAACAACACGUUCUCUUAUGCAAUCGGAUCUUAACAGAUACCUACCCUGGUAAAAUCCCCCAUUCUCCAGAAUUCAAUUCAUAUUUAUUUAAAUGUUGACUAGUAAGUUACGUCCAUUGCUCCCCCGGCUCAUAAGACAUCUUCGUAAUCAUGAGCUUGCACAAUUCCAAUCAACAUAUCAAUCUCCUGCCCGACCUGCAUUAGGUCACCGUGCAUACUUAAAACUGGAAGGAUGUACUAUGUCGACCAUAGCACAGCCUCCAGAAGAGACGGUUGGGACGGAUACUUCUUCGGUAGGGAAGACGGAAGACUCUCCCGCGGUGCCAACAGCCUCAGGGGGUGAUAGCGAGGCAAAAGCGACGAACGACAAAACAGUGGCCAUCCUUUGGGAUCUCGAUAAUAAACAGCCCUAUGCCUUGCCCGAGAAUGUCGCAGCGGCGAUCCGCGCUUUGGCUUCUGAGCGGGGUAAGAUCAUCGAGUUUUCGGCUAUGGCAAAUUACCACGCCUUCAUACGCCUCUCGCCAGCCGCGAAGGAAUUAAGAGCAGAACGGAACAGAAUUGCAGCCGCUGAAGAGCGAGGGGAGAUCAAACGCACCGAGCCAUACAGAUGUCCUUAUUGCGGAAAUAAGUUCAAAACAAUCAAAAAAAUGGAAAAGCAUUAUAAAAUGCUUCACGAGCGGGAGCGUAAGAAGAAAUUGACCCGGCUUAAUAUGUUGAAGGGUAAAAAAAGGGAGAAGUGGCUCGCCAAGAAUGGCAAAAACCUCAUGAGGCGCAACGAAGCCCACAUAGAGGUGAAGGCUCCCGAGAAGAAGCACAAACUCUACAGAAGUCUGAACAGAGCCGGCGUUCGAGUUCGAGUAGUCAGCAAGGCAUCUCAAGCGGCCGACAAUGAACUCAAAGGCCGUUUUGGACUACUCCAGAAGCAUAAUAACCUCACCAACCUCACCCUGAUUGUCAUUUCGGACGACUCUGACUUUUGCAAAAUGGUCAAAAGAGCAAGGACGAAGCACGGUAUACAUGUGAUCGUCAUAAGCGAGCGGCCAACCCUGAAGCUAGCGAAGGAAGCCAACGAAUGGUUGUCGUGGGAUACUCUUAACGAAAACGCGCACAGCAUAGUGAACACCGCUCUGCUCCGCGAAUCUCUGGUUGCCAUGUCCGAGGCUGGGGAAGGUGAAGACAACGACCGUCCCGACUACGUGCUCGACGACGAUGUAAAGCAGCUGUUAGCGCAGGAGGAGAAGGACACGGCUGAGUUCAUAGAGGAGGAAGACAUGUCGCUAGAAGAUGAGGGCGGCUUCUGGGAGAUAGAUGAGUGGCGGCAUAAGUAGCAAACUGGUCUCACUCAGCCUCCUGGAGCGCCAUUUUAUCAACACCUCACUCAGAUGUUUCGUACACCAGCCGCAUUCCCGUUAGCAACUAAAUAAUUUCUAUCCCCAUACACUUUUCGCAGGAUUGCUAUAGCACGGUGGUAGUAGGAGGCUAUGCUACUAGGUAGCUUGCACAGUCAUUUCUCGUCUGUUUGCAGUACUUCCUCUAGGCCCAGAUCAAUACUCCAAACUAGGUACCCAAAAAUGUGCGUAGGUAAAUACCUACCUGGGUCAUAUACUAGUAGGUAGAGGUACUCAGGUUAAAGCAAAUCAUCUAGCUCUGAAGGAAACCUUUGAGGAACUUCAUGAUACGUUCAUAUUGAACCAAAGAUGCCAUAUCAAGUGACAAGAAAUCAUCAUAUUCGUUUAGAGAAAAUCCACAGCUUUUAUUCAAACAAACACAAACAAUAACACACCAUCGCCGGCUGAAUUGACACAGUUGGUAGAUCCCCUCAAAGCCCGUCUAUUGACGCGAAAUCUAAUACAUGCCUAGGUAGAUAAAACCCAUCC